UACAUUUUUUAAAUUCGUUUUGAGUAGGUCGAACAACUUAAGAUGCUGAGACUAUUAUCCUUUUUGCUUGGCUUAUUCAUUUUUCCAAGUGUACAAGGAGGAAUUGAGUUGAAUUCUAGGAAUCAGUCGUCAUGUGUUCUCCAAGAUGCACCAAGACAAUGCGGCUCCUUUUGCCUGACCACACUGAACCCGCUUUUGAAUCACUCUCGCCAUAUCCGAAAAAGGUUGGAUGAAAUCAAGGCAGGGCAGACAAACCUUAGUAUGACCACGGCGCACGGACAAGAGGAUCUGAAGGCCGGAUUCGAUUCGAGAUUCAAGCUGGCGGAAGAACAACAUAUGGCGGUGAACUCCGAAAUGCAGAACAAACUACAGGAACUAGUCACAAAAGAAGACUUCGUGAAAUCAAUUCAGGCUCUGCAGGCCAAGUUGGAUGCGAGAUUGGACAGAAUGGAGAAACUUGGAACGAUGAAAACAACAGCCGAUGCCAACGAUGAACUCAAAAACCAAGAGGAGCACCUUAAAAAUAGAGAUGAACAAAUCUCGACCCUUACGACUCGAAUUGAAGCCAUUGAGAAAACAAAAUCAGAACUUUCUAGUCAGCUUUCGGAAUGCCGGAAAUCUGAUGACAAUUUACCUGACUCUUGUCCCAUUGACAGUCCCAAUGGCAUUUACCAAAUAAAGCUUCGGGGUCUUGAACCCUUUAAAGUGCCAUGUGCGACGUCUCCACCUGGUUGGACUGUAAUUCAGAGACGCAUUGACGGAUCCGAGGACUUCAAUAGAACCUGGAAUGACUAUAAAUCUGGAUUUGGGAAUGUCACUGGAGAAUUCUUCAUCGGGCUGGAAAAACUGCAUCGGAUGACUGAGGCACGACCCCACGAACUCUACAUUAAACUUGGGAUGCUUAACGGAUCCACCGGUUACGCUCAAUACGAUGAUUUUAAGAUCGGGAGUGAGGAGGAAUGGUACGAGUUGAAGAAUCUAGGAAUAUAUUCUGGUGAAGCCGGAGACGCCCUCGAAUACAAUAAGAACCAAAGGUUCAACACGAUUGAUCGGAGUUAUGACCCCGCCUAUCAAUGUGCCUAUCAAUUUGGUGCAUGGUGGCACAAAGCCUGUUCAUAUAGUAAGCUCAAUGCAAAAUACUACAAAGAUGGCAAAGGUUCUGACGGAAUUCAAUGGGGCCCAUUUCAACACGACGACUGGAGUAUUUCACUUACCUUUGUUGAGAUGAUGAUAAGGCCCAAGUCCUAAUGACCGACUCGAUUUUUUAUGAGUAAUAAGAAUGCAUAAUAUAAAUAAUUUUUGGAGAAUAUAAUUUACAGAACAUUCUGCAAGGGUA